GGUACGUUCAUCCAUGGAUUUCUUCAGAAGCUGUUUACUGUUAAAAAAAAAAGAGAUUUUACCUGAGAUUUUUACCAUAAGAUGCAGUUUUCAGCUUUGAGAAGCAGAGCUAAACUGGACAACACUCAACUACACAGACAGCCUCAGUUACAGAUUUGUUCACAGCACUGUUUUCUUCGGGAGCGGCUACAAAACUUCCCCUCCAAGGACUGGAAAAGCUGAUCGAAGACUCUGAACUUCUAAUAAAUGUGCAGAGAAGAUGAAGAGCUGCACCAACAAAACUGAAAUCUAAGAUAUUUGUAUCUACCAAUGAAGAACUGUCCUCAGCAUUAAGCAACUUUGAGCUUUGAACUUUUAAGCAAAAUGUUUUAGCAGAUGAUCUGAAGCUCAUACAGUAGAUCAAUGAAAAGUGCAGGAGAAACAUUUGUUUCUGCUUUUUGUUUAUAUGUUACACUGCACUAGCACUUUAAAGAUGAUCUGUGGCUUAAAUUUUUUUUCUUUCAUUGUUCUGAUUGCUGCUAUUUUCUUCAUGACUAUUCAACUCUGUUUUUGCGGAUGUGCCCGGGCUGAAUAUCAGAGGGAGAAUGGAGAAUGCUGUCCUAUGUGUGCGCCCGGAAAUCGUGUUUAUAGGCACUGCACUGAGGAUACAAGCACUACAUGUGUUCCGUGUCUUGAUUCAACAUUUAUAGAUGCACCAAACGGACUCAGAGAAUGCUUUAGCUGUACAGUGUGUGAUCCUAAUCAGGGUUUAAGAGUAAAGACUCCCUGCACUCAAUCAUCAGACACAGUCUGUGAGCCACUAGAUGGAUAUCACUGUACUGAUCAGCACAGAGGCGGCUGUAUACAUGCUCUGAAACACACAAGCUGCAGCCUUGGACAGUAUAUAAAGCGUAAAGGAACAGCAUCUAAAGAUGCUGAAUGUGCUGAAUGUGCAGAUGGUACCUUCUCAAAUGGGUCUCUUCAGAUUUGUCAGCCACACUCAAAAUGUGAAGAGCUGGGACUUACAGAAAUAAAGGCAGGAACACAUUCUUCUGAUGCUGAAUGUGGAAAUAAAACUCCAGCUGCUCUGAUAGCUGGAAUCAUAGUUGCUGUUCUCAUUGUGGCUGUGGCUGUAGCUGUAGCAGUUAUCAUUCUCAAAUUUAAGCGUAGGACUGCCCAGCGUGCAAACUGUGCUGUUCAAUCACCUGAGUAUAAUAAUGUACCAACACAAGAAACUGCAUUACAAAAAUCUAGAGCGACACGGGUAGCUCUGGAGACAACAGACAGGUCCUUGGAAGGUGAUUAUUCAGUAAGGGUGUUGUUGUGAUCAAGAAGAACAUGAGAGACUUGGAGGCCUAACAUAAGGAAUUUGUCCAGAAUAUCUAUUAUAACCUAAAUCUGUAUAUUAAUAAAUAUACUGGUUCAUA